AACGUAUUGACGUGUGAAAUUUGAGGGGCUUGUACUGGUGUAAAUCGUGUAAUCGGGGCUACCUAGGGAUAGUGCUUGCUCACUAGUGCAGCCAAGUGCACCUCUUGCAUACAUUGUUAGUAACAUAGUAUUCAAAAUGUCCUCACCAGUACGGGUUCCCUAUUCCCAUGAGCUAUAUGCGAUGAGCCGGCAUAUUGUGUUCCGUGCCGAGAAGGAGCACAAAGCUGCUGUGGAGUGCAAGGGCAAGCACGAUUGGCCAGAAGACUGCAAGCCAGAGUCGGAGGCGCUGGUCCGGGCGACGAACAAGCUUUACAAGGAGAUCAUGGAGAAGGCGCCUACUGAGUUUAAGGAAUAUGCCCAAUGCCUGGACUGGUAUGGACUCCGCUUUGCUCGCUGCCGGGACAAGCAGGCGGCUUUUGAGGCGGCGUUCCCGAUUGUGGAGCCGAAGAAGUGAGGAGGAGGAGGAGGAGGAGGCGCAGGACGAGCUGAGGAGCGAGUGCGCCUUGGCGGGGGGCUUGGCUUGGCUGGCUGCUGGGCAUGAAGAGGCCUGCUGGGGGGUGGGACCCCAGGCGGCUUACCCGUAGGCAUAAUACAUAUCCUUAGCAGCGUGGAUAGGGGAGGGUCUGUGUUUGAUUUGCAGCCACGGGCUGUGUGUGGCGACCCGGAGGCGUUAUCGCUCGCGGCCCUGGACUUCUCUCGCCCCGGAGAUGUCCAAGGAGGGUGGCGGGGACGGG